UUAGCUGAUGUUUUUCCAAAAUACUUCCUUCUCCACAGUUCACUAUGCUUCUUCACAAGUUGGGAAAUUGAAAUAUUAGAUUGCCACAUCAGCAUAUAGUUAGUUAGAGGUUGUUAUGAUGCUUAACAACCUAUUGUAUAAAUAAACCCUCUCUCUCUUUCCUUGUAAUAAUUCAUUCAAUUCCUAAAACCUUUCUCUCUCUAGAUUCUCUUUCUCUGACGCAGCAGUGAAAUUCAGCUUCACAACAUAACAGAGAUGGCAUUUAGAGGUCGAGGUCGUGGAAGAGGUUUCGGUGGAAGUGACUACAAGUUUGCAAAGCAAGAGCCUUUCGUACUUUAUCCUGAUAUUGAGCUACCUGAUAGAAACAACGUUCCUGAAGAGAAGGAAUUAGCAGUACAUAAUCAUAGGUUGCGGAAUUUCUAUCGCACCUCACCCUACAACCUUGGAGAAACAGCCUCAGAAGAUACGGUGGAUAUUGAGAGGUACUCUGAUAAGGCCAAGGCUAAACUUACUGACUAUAUAAAACUUGAACAUGGCUAUUUUCCUGAAGAACUUCUUGAAGGCACAAGCCGCACAACAUGCAGGGAGAAGAAAGUGCAAUGGAAUCCAGAAAGAGACCUUGAAAAGCUGGAUUUCCUGGAGGAUCUGGAGAAGCUUCAAAGUAAUGAAGACAAAAAGGCAAGAAAGAGAAAGAAGGUGAAGAUGACGAACAAGAAGAUGAGGAUGUAGAGGAGGAAGAUGAACAGAUUGCUCAGGAGAAAAAGGAGAAGAAGCUGAGGCGACUGGCCAAGGAGAAGCUGAGGAAGAAAGGAUACAUUAAAAUGCUCAAUCGAGAAGCUGGAGCGAAUGGGGACGCUGUGUAUGCCACAUCAGACGAGGCUGAAGAUUCUUCGUCCGUUAGUUCGGGCUGAGGAUUCCAUUUCAUUAUCAUCACUGUGUGUCCUAUUUCAGUCUUACUUGAAUAAUGAUCUAUAAGGUAACAUGAAAAAGGAAGGUAACACAAGUUGUAGACCUUAUAUCACUUUCAGAAUUCUAGAUGUAGAAGUAAACGUUGUUACUGUUGUAGUUGCUGUUACUAUUUUGAGCUGUAUAAACGCAACAAAACUUUCUUCAUAACUAAAACACACAGAAGUAAAAGUUGUUACUGUUGUAGAUGGAUUUGUAGUUCCACCAGCAGUUGUUCAGGAAAGUCAGAGGUAGCCCCUCUCUAGUGGAGGUCUACCUGUUGCCUGUUGGUCUCUUUGAAUUGAAUUCUUCGUUGGCAGUCUUCCCCUCCUUACAA